AUGACAACUGAUACUAUGAUCCAUCAUAAAAAGAAACGCACACCUCCACCCUCCGUUUUACUGUUAGCUAUUCCAUCUGAGACAACAAAUUAUGGAAAAAAUUCCCAUUACCAUCAUCGAUUAAUACGUCGCGAGGCAACACUUCCACCCACUCGUACUGUUCAACAUAAAAGAAAUUUGGAUGUUGAAAAUUAUUUAUCGACUGUUCAAACAUAUAAUUGGCAACGUCAUGAAGCUAAAGCAUCCGUUAUCAAUAUGGCAGUUGAUAUUGUUUAUAAAAAUACGUAUAUGACAGAAAAUGGUCCACAUUCAAAAUCCUCCUCAUCGUCAACGGGUGAUCGUUCAUCUCGACGAAAUAAUGAUGCUUCUACAUUACCUCGAUUAAAAACGGCUCCCAAUGAUUUUUUACAAUGUCUAUCGCCAUUAUCAAAACCGACACCGGUGCUAACACGUACAAAUACCUCAGACUCAUUUCAUUCGAAUCAUUCUCAAUAUCGAACAGUUUAUGAUUACAUACGUGAUUCGAUUCGUUCCGUUGUUCAACAACGCAAUUUAAAACAACAGAAUUUUUCAACUAAAAUUAAACGACCACAAAAUGAAGACAUAUUUCUUCGACGAGCGUUAGAUAAAAAAAAUCAUUUUCAACUCUAUAACAAUAAUAGUGAACAUUCGUCAUCAACAACAGAAGCCUAUUUCCACAACGAAAUGAAAAGUCCACAAAGUUUUGUUAACUAUGUUAAUCAUUCACGAGAAAAAACAUUGCCGAUAGAGCAAACAUCAAAAUAUAAUUAUUAUAAAAGUAGAAGCUUUGCUAACAGUGACAUUAUUGAACAAGAACUGAUUCAGAGCUAA